AAAUAUUCCGUUGCCUGAACCGUAACAGAGCGAUCUUCCACUUUGUAUCACAUGUCAAAACAAUGGAGUUCGGAGAGAUUCUGAGGACCAUUGGAGGAUUUGGAAUUUUUCAGAAAGUCAUUCUCUUAGCGCUAACAUUUCCCAAUUUUUUACUGCCUAUAUGUUUUUCCAGUUUUCUAUUCAUCCAGUCAGAUCCAGACGGACAUUGUAACACAGACUGGAUUCGCAAGAUUGCUCCCAACCUGACGUCGGAUGAGCAGCUGAAUCUGACCAUUCCUCAGGAGCAGAAUGGUUCUUUCAGCAAGUGUCUCAUGUUUGUUCCAGUGGAAUGGGACAUCGCAACCAUCAGGGAGCGCGGACUCAACGAGACGACGACGUGCCAGAAUGGUUGGGUGUCCUCGGACACAAUGUAUGAAGCCACGAUAGUCACCGAUUUUGAUCUCGUCUGUGACAGGUCCAGUAUGCCUUCUGUUGUGCAGACAAUCUUCAUGGCUGGCAUACUCUCGGGUUCCAUUCUUUUUGGCCCUAUCCUUGAACCAUGUGGCCGUUUGAGAACCACACAGAUACCAGCAGUGAUCCUGUUCAUAUGCAAUAUUGUGUCCGGUGCAUCUCCAAAUGUCUACGUUUACAUUGUUGCACAGUUCCUGGUUGGAGUUGGUCUUGCAGGAUAUCGAGUUAACUCGACCGUAUUAGCUACCGAGUGGUUAGGGAUCACCAAAAGAUCCUAUGCCUCCUGUUUGUGCCAAAUGUUUGCUGCUCUGGGACAGUGUGUCCUGGCCGGACUGGUGUAUGAAAUUCGGAAUUGGAGAAUAAUACAAUACGGGCUGGCAGCGGUCUAUGCUAUUGUCGCGCUCUACAUUUGGUGGAUUCCAGAAUCUGUGAGAUGGUUGUUGAGUCGAGGGAGACUCGAGGAAGCAAAGAGGUUGAUCAGGAAAGUUGCGGCGAUCAAUAAAAAGCAAAUCCCGGAGAACAUGCUGGAAUGCAUGGGACAUGAGAAAGAAGAGCCACAAGCUGGAACAAUGAAAAUCUUUUUUACCACGGCGGUCUUACUGAAAUAUUUGGUCAUUGUGUGUUUUACAUGGUUUUCGGUGAAUCUAGGCUACUUCAGUCUUAUUCUCAACGUGGGUAAGUUCGGUUUGGACAUCUUUCUGGUUCAGUUCAUCUUUGGCAUCGCGGAAAUACCCGUACACAUCCUCUGCAUAUGGGUUUUGGAAUUGCUGGGGAGAAAAAUCUCCCUGAUUGUGACCCUGCUGACUGGCGGCUUUGUUUGCUUCUUGACCCUGGCUUUCUCACAAGACAAUCCUGUGGUUACUACGGCUCUUGUCACGACGGGGAAGUUCUUUUUGAAUGGGGCUACGUCCGUAUGCAUGGUCUACUCUCAAGAGCUCUUUCCCACUUCAGUCAGGCAAACCGCGGUUGGCUUUGGGGCCAUAGCGAUGAGAGCAGCCGGACUGUUGGCUCCGCUGGUCAACAUGUUGGCCGUGUACCACAUGUCCGUACCCAUCAUCAUUUUCAGCAGCCUGACGGUGUUCAGCGCGGCUCUCGCUUUCCUUCUUCCUGAAACGAGGAGAACAGAACUGCCCGAUUCUACCAGUCAGGUCCAAAACAAUCGAAACUUCACAAAGAAGACAGGAACUGACUUCGGGCUGACUCAACAAAAGAGAAGCAAAUCCACCAAACUUUAGUCUCUCUUGUGUGCUCCGUCCGGUGUCGACAAGGUUACAAGAUUAAGAGCAUGAGCAAAUGAUUUUAUUUACACAAUCCUGUACUCUGUUCCUAAAUAAAUAAAUUCAUGAGAAGCCAAUCAGA